UUAUUAACUUUUUUAGGAUUAACAAGUGAACAAUUAGAAAGUAAUACCAGUUAUACAAAUUCCAAUGUAAGACAAAGGCGACAAAGUAGUUUUAAAUGUACGCUUCCCCCACAAUUACACAAUGGAAGAUGGUUAAUAGCUGAAGCAGACGUUAAACCAGGUGACCAGGUAAUGGUGAAUUCGGUUUUAAGAUUAGACUGCCACGAAGGUUACCAGUUAUACCCCAAUACUCCGUUUAUUGUAUGUGAUACGAACUGGGAAGAGAUAGAUAUUCCAACUUGUAAAAAAAAAUGUCCUCCGUUUUAUACAACAAUAACUACACACUUAGUGUGCAAAGAUAAAGAUGAGAAUACGGUCGCUUGUGAUAAAGCUAUUGAUGGUACAUACUUAACUUACGAGUGUGCUGCUUAUUAUGAAAUUCCACCGGGGGGUCGAAAUGUUCUUUAUUGUAAUAAUGGUGUCUGGGACUUUCCAAAACCUAUAUGUCAACCAAAGUGUGGAAAAAAGUUUAGUAAGGAAACAAUAGCACUUACUUGGGGUGGAAAUGAUGUUAAGGAUUUUGAGUAUCCGUGGGUUAUAGCUUUGUAUAAGAACGAAGGAGGACGGUACCGAAAUAUAUGUGGGGUACGUUAAUCAGCCGAAGAGUUGUUGUAACUGCUGCUCAUUGUGUCACUGAUAACUAUGGUAACGCUCUUGGCAGAGAAAACUUUCAGGUUGCUGCUGGUAAAUAUUACAAUGCCUUUGAUGAUCAAAGAGAUACGAAAGCUCAAUAUAGAAAGAUAUCACAGGUAAUUGUUCAUAAAGGAUACAGAGGAGUCAGUCAGAGAUAUAUUGCUGAUUUAGCCUUACUAAUUACCCAAGAAUUGUUUAAACUAGACCCAGUGGUUCAGCCAAUAUGUACUGAUAAUGUCAAUAAUAUGUUUCUUACAAAUUAUCAAAUGGGAGAGGUAGCUGGUUGGGGUCUUACCGAAAACGAAAAACCGUCUGAUCGGCUUAGAGUAAUUAGAAUACCAUACAAAGAAGGUGGUACAUGUGCUAGAGAGCUACCAGAAAGCUGGGAACAACAGUAUAACUUUUUAGACAAAAUUUGUGCUGGUCGUCAGAAUGAAAGUAUUGCGGUCUGUCAAGGAGACAGCGGGAGUGGUCUUAUAUUUCAAAACCGAGAAGACAAUAGGUACUAUAUACACGGAAUAGUAAGCAUAGCUCCUAAUCUAUAUACUGCUAGCUGUAACAAACAAACAAAUGCUCUAUACACUAGCGUGGUAUUCUACUACGCUUUUAUAAAAAGGGAAAUGAACAAAAAUCAUUUAGAAGAUUGCAAACUUCCAGCAUAUCCCAAAAAUGGAAAAUGGUAUAUUGAAACCGAUGCACAGAAGAAGCCAGGUGAUAUCGUAACGUCCAAUACUAUUUUACAGUUUUCGUGUAAUAGGAGAUAUAUAUUGUCUACUGUAUCGCAAUAUUAUGACUGUGAAAGUUCCUAUAAUUCUCCUACCUGUCUUUUGCUAUGUCCUAAGGUGUCGUUGCCCAGUGGGACAGAGAUAGUCUGCAAAAACUCGAACGAUCAACCCAUACAAUGUGCAGAUGUUGCUGAUGGUGGGAGUAUAACAUUUACGUGUCCAAGUGGCUUUGUGACAGACCGAGGAACAGCAUCUAGUACGAGAUAUUGUCUAAAUGGAGUAUUUAGCAGUUCCCCACCUUCGUGUGUACUUAAGACAUUAUAUAAACCGAAAGUAAAAGUACCAGUUACACCUCCACCACAGCCAAGUAACGGGGGAAUCGGUAGCGAUGGAAUUAAAAUAGUGUGCAUCUACCCCAGUUGGAGAGCAUAUCAAGGAGCAUAUCCGGAAAGUUUUGAACCUUCAUUGUGCACCCAUUUAAUCUAUCAGUUUAUUGGUCUUUCUGAAAACGGAGAGUUGCGAAUAGAAGAUGAAUCGUUGGACCUUAAAGAUAAAGGGAUAGGUUUGUUUAAAAUGACAACUGAGUUAAAAAAGAGGAAUAAAGAUUUAAAAGUAUUACUUAGCGUUGGUGGUACCGCAGCGACGAACUCAUCACUUUUUAGGGAACUUUCUAAAAAUGAUGACAAAAUAAAAGCUUUCUUGUCAAGUGCGGCCAAAAUAAUACAAACCUAUCAUUUUGACGGCUUAGAUAUAUUUUGGUUCUACCCAGAAGAGCAAGAUAAGGAGGGAUAUACUCAUCUGCUAGAGAAAGUAAAGAAUAAUUUUAAGAAACAAGGAUGGCUAUUAUGUGUGACCGUACGACCUGGAUUGGAAGAUGCUGGAUACGAUCCCAAGAAAAUGGAUGGGAUAGUGGACUGGGUGAAUCUCAAAACCUACGAUUUUUACGGAAGCUGGAGCUCUUCCACUGCCAAUCAUAACUCUCUUUAUUCUUCCUCAAAAGAGUAUAACUGGGAGAAAGAGCAUUCUAACAUAGCAGCAGCUGCUAAAAACUGGCUCAAUGCAGGUCUAUCCAAAAAGAAGAUGAUUUUAGGUGUUGCAUUCUACGGAGUGAGUUUUGAGUUGAAAGAUAGCAAUGAAACUGGUAUACAUGCUCCGGUGAUAAAAGGAUCUGCUCUUGGGGAACUUAGAUACUACGAGAUUUGCUCACAAUCCGAUAACUUUACAAAAGUAUGGGAUGACGAAACCAAAACACCAUAUUUGUACAAUGAUACAUACUGGAUUGGUUAUAAUGACCCUACCGCUGUUUGGAUAAAGGGAGACUACAUAAAGAAAAAUCAGUUUGGUGGCGCUAUUAUUUAUUCAAUAGAUGCCGAUGAUAAUAAUAAUUUGUGUGGGGAAAAAUAUGUCCUACUAAAGCAUUUACAUGGUGGCAUGGGACAUAAUUUAACGUGGUUAAAAGAUAAUUAA